AUGGAAGAUGUGUUGUCCCAAGCCUGGGCGCAGGUGAAGUGGGAGGAAGAUGUUCCUAGCUGUGCCAAGGCUCAACCAAAGCAGGACCAAAGGUCAGCCCGAUCAGAUCGAGGGGAACGAGAAGAAAGAGCCUCCCAAAAAGGAUCAAAGGACUCCGAGCUGGUCAACGCACUGAGACAGAUGGGCCAACAGGUUAAGUGGCCCCCAAAGAUGAAAGCACCUGAUUCGUUCCGGAACUCGGAACUCUGGUGUGACUUCCACCGCGAUCAUGGCCACAAAACCGAAGACUGCAUCGCCCUAAGGAUCGAGGUCAACAAAUUACUCCAAAAAGGGCAUCUCCAAGAAUUCCUCUCAGAGAAAGCUAAGGCCCACCUCAGCAAUGAAACAGAAGGGAACUCCAAAGGAGCUGCACCAACCUCACCACCUCGCCAAGAUCGGGUGAUCCAUGUCAUAUCCGGAGGCUCAGAAGUAAGCGGAGCAAGCCACGCAGCCGCAAAGAAAAGCACCCGUAACGCUAAGUAUGGUCUGGAAACGACCCAACUGAAGCGCCUACUUCUAGGCACCGAUGAGAUAAGCUUCACAGCUAAGGAGCAAGAGAAGAUCCUAGCUCCCCACCGUGAUUCUCUAGUUAUCUCUCUCGCCAUAGCAAACUGCUUGGUGAAAAGAAUACUAGUAGACAAUGGCAGCUCCAGAAACAUUUUCUUCCGGAGGGCGUACCAAGAUCCGGGGCUGGAGGAGAGAGCCCUGACGCGAAAGGUAACUCCACUCAUCGGAUUCAGCGGCGAGGUCAAGAAAACCACCGGAGAGACUAUCCUCCCAAUAUACGCUGAAGGAGUCAACAUGUCUACCAAAUUCCUGGUCGUAGAUUGCCAAUCAGCAUAUAACAUGAUCUUGGGACGACCCUGGAUUCACGACAUGGGAGCAGUCCCUUCAACCCUUCAUCAGAUGGUGAACUUUCCUACACCCUGGGGCAUCAGACCACCCUGA